CUGUUCUGCCAUUUCCACAGAUCUCAGUGGGGACCCUCAGGGCUGUGGCCAGAGGUUCCCCCUACACCUCCCUUCUAGGAGGCACCUCCUGUGCAGUGCAGCCACUGAUGGCAGCAUCGCCUUCUGGGACAUCACCAGCCCCAUCACGGACGCGACAGAUGCCCUGCACCGAGCGGAGGGGGAGAUGCAGCCCCUGGCCCUGGGUGCCCCGCUGCUCACCAUCAUGGCCCACAGCUGCGGUGUGAACAGCCUCCAUGUCAUCAAGGUGCCAGAGGGACAGUACUUGGUGGCCAGCGGCAGUGAUGAUGGCUCCAUCCACAUCUGCCUGCUGGAGGUGGCCCUGGGCAAGGGCGAGGCUGCAGCAGGGACCUGCCUGCAGAUCCUGGAGCGGGUGUCCAGGCCCUGUGCCCAUGCUGCCCAUGUCACGGGUAUCCGGGUGCUGCGGCCGGACCUGCUGCUCUCGGCCUCGGUGGAUCAGCGCCUGACGCUGUGGCGCUGGGGCCCGGGGGGGCUGGUCCCCCUCAGCACCACCUUCUUCCACGUGCCUGACCUGGCUGAGCUGGACUGCUGGGAGGUGGCAGAGGCCGGGGGGGAGCUGCGGUACUACUGCGUGCUCUGUGGGCAGGGCCUGGAGAUGCUGUGUGGCACAGCCCCCUCCGAGCCCUCGCCACUCGAGGCUCCCCAGGAAUGGGGCAGGUGUGCAACACAUCCUAGUCCCUGCCUAUCUUGGGAGGGCACUCUGCACUUGGGCUCUGCCCAUCACUGCAGUCCCUGCCCCCAGCCUGCACACUGAUGUGUCCCCUCCUGAGGGGAUGGGCACGCUUGGCUCCUUCAGGGGCAGCACAGCCACAUCUGGGGUGCUCAAGGCCAGUGGUCUCGGGGGAGAAGGCAGAUGGGACCCCUCCUGGAGGGGCCUGUGACUCCUUAGGCAAUAAAGAACUGGGGUUGUCAGCUCCCCCUGCCCGGGAGAACCUCUUUCCCAAGGUGUGAGGGACCCAUGUCCAGGCUUUCCAGCCCUGGUCUCAGAGAGGAGCCUGCUCAGGAGGGCGCUUAGGGCCCUGACCAGCACUGGGAGCUUGAGGGCAGCAGGAGGCCAAGAAGGGUCAGGCACAGGGGGGCUGCAGCCUGGUGUGUCAGCCCUUACCCUGCAGUGCUGAGGAUGGUGCUGAAAUGCACAGGGACACUGAUCCUCUGCUGCAGCACCCUGGGGGGUGCCCACACAUGCCCCCCUCCCCCUUCAGAGCAGCCUUUCAGCACUGUGUCAGGCCAAGUGGGUUGUUCCUGUGCAGCAGCAGGAUCCAGGACAGUUGGAGCAAGGGAAGGACAAACAGCUCUGAGGUCAAACAAAUGCAGUGUUUGUCCAGCAACAAGUGUAUUGGACCCCAGUACUGGGGCUUGGGCCAGGUCCUGACAGGAGCCUGGAGCCUCAGGAGCUCCCUGCCAGCAUGGAGCAACCUUCAAUAAACAGCUUUGAGGGAAA